GGUAGAGAAAGGACACGCCAACAUUUUGGAGGUCUCGAUGAACUCGUGUGGUUCACAGUUAUUAUUGUCUAAAUGUUUAAACUUAUGGCGUAAAGCUGGACAGCGACCUGGAGAGCAGAAUGGCAUGGACGAAGAAGCAGAUCAUUAUUGCCUUUGUGAUGGUUUUAACCGGCUCCAUCAACACAAUAUCAGCCAAAUGGACGGACCGGAUCACUUCAGUUAACAGACAGGGACACGAGGCGAACUUCAACCAUCCGUUUGUGCAGGCUGACGGCAUGUUUAUUGGAGAGAUGACAUGCAUGGCAGCCUUCUACAUAUUGAGAUGCUGGAAGCGCAGGGCAAGGCAGGGCGCUUCAGAACUGUCCUCCGACUCCAACCCUAACCAGAAUAUCAAGUUUCCGCCCCUCGUGUUCUACCUACCAGCUGUGUGUGACAUGACUGCAACUUCCAUGAUGUAUCUCGGGCUCACCCUCACCUACGCCAGCUCCUUCCAGAUGCUGCGUGGCGCCGUCAUCGUGUUCACGGGUCUGCUAUCGGUGGGAUUCCUUGGCAGGCGCCUCCGUUACUUCCAGUGGCUGGGCAUCGUCACCGUGCUGGCGGGGCUGGUCACGGUGGGCCUCUCGGACUUCAUGACCUCUGGAGACGCCAACACAGAUAUCAACGGCAUUAUUACAGGUGACCUCCUAAUCGUUAUGGCCCAGGUAGUCACAGCCACGCAGAUGGUCAUCGAAGAAAAAUUUCUCACCAAGUAUAACGUACCGCCGCUCCUCGUCGUGGGCUGGGAGGGUACCUUUGGUUUCCUGACGUUGUCCCUGCUCCUGGUGCCGAUGUACUACAUUCCUGCCGGCCAGUUCAGCGGCAACGAGCGGGGCACUCUGGAGGACGCCAUCGAUGCUUUUGUGCAGAUUGGCAACAAUGGCAUGCUGGCUGUGUCCCUCCUAC